AUGCAACGAGAGAUAGACGACCAGAAAAAGAAGUUGCGUCGUGCACAGCGAAGGCAGUCCCUUUCCAGCUCAAAUACAUCCUCUAACGAGGAUGAGGAUGUCAAUUACAGGCGAAGGUCAAGAACUCCCCCAAGUGAAACCUUUUCUUGCGAGAAGGAGUCGCGCCCUGAACGGAGAUAUAAGAGCCCAUCUAGUCAGGGUUUGGGUAAUGAUGCCAUGAACAAGGCACUGGAUCAGAUCUCCAGAUCACCCUUCGCGCACAGGAUAAAGGAGGCUAAAUUACCUCGGUGCUUCAAUCAAACUACGUUUGCCAUCUACAACGGCCGAGCAGACCCCGUGGAGCACGUGAGCCAGUUUAACCAGAGAAUGUCUAUCCAUUCCCAGAAUGAGGCUCUGAUGUGCAAAGUUUUUCCGUCCAGCCUGAGACCAGUGGCGAUGAGAUGGUUCAACAGCUUGAAGACGAACUCCAUAGAUUCCUAUAAGCAGCUCACCCAGGCUUUUUGCUCUCGCUUUAUUACAAACAGCAGAGUCCCUCGACCCCUAAGUUCGUUGUUAUCCUUGUUUAUGCACGAAGGGGGAACCUUAAAGGCGUAUUCGGAUAGAUAUUGGGAGAUGUAUAAUGAGAUGGAUGAAAACCACAAUGACGUUGCCAUCAGCACGUUCAAAAGUGGUCUCCCCACCGAGCACGACUUAAGGAAAUCUCUAACUGGUAAACCCAUCACCAGCAUUCGCCAAUUGAUGGACAGGAUUGACAAAUACAAAAGGGUGGAAGAGGACCAGCUACAAGGGAAAGGAAAGGAGAAGAUCAUCCCCCCCCCCCCCCCCAAAGGGAAUGAUUACAGGUCGGAACGAUAUAACAGUAACCAGCCGAGAAGGGAUUUUUAA